UUCAUUAACAUUUAAUCCAUUGGCCGCUUCUCCUUUUCCAUAUGUUGAGAACCUACUGCAACUUGUUCUUCUUCCUUUCCCACUUACUGGAUUCGUUGUUUCUUGGAAACUAAAUUUCUUCUACACCAAUUUCAAAGGAAGCAGAUCCCACAUCAAGGAUUGAUAUAAUGUUCCUGCGUUUAAUCGAAUAAUCCAAUAUCAGCUGCCCAGAAUUGGGGGUGCUGCUGUUGUGAAUCAGCAGGAGAAGCAAAUAUUUCAAUACCUAUAGUUAAUUCUUGAUAGAUUGCUUCGUGAUUUCGUGGAGUGAAUAAUUGGUGUUAAUUCUCAACUACAAGAGUGGGGUCUGAUCUGGAGAUGUCUGGAGCACAAGAACAGUUAGAGAUCAAGUUUAGGCUGAUCGAUGGAUCAGAUAUUGGCCCAAAAAGCUUUCCAAUAGCAACGAAUGUUGCCACCAUGAAGGAAAAUAUCAUAUCUCAGUGGCCUAAAGAUAAACAAAAUGGUCCACUUACAGUGAAAGACAUCAAGUUGAUUAGCGGAGGGAGAAUAUUAGAGAACAGCAUAACUUUAGGAGAAUGCAGGGGCCCAUUAUAUGAUAUUCCAGGUGGAGUAACGACCAUGCAUGUCGUUGUUCAACCUCCGGCCAAGGAGAAAGAGAAGAAAAUGCUAAGUGAUUCAAAGCAGAAUAAAUGUGGCUGUGUGAUAUUAUGAGAUGCAGCUCCGGAAGCAAAAUUCCACGUAUUCCAGAUAAGGGAAUGGAGUUAGGAACAACAAGGAGACAUGUGAAAUUCUUGGUUCUUAGAAAGCAGAUGGUCAAAUGUGAAGUCCUCAUAAAUCAUACUCAGUCUAGAUUCAGGUGUUCAGAUAUCAGGCAUUUCUCGCAACCAUUAUAGUUGCUGAUAUCACUGUCUUAAUUCGUUUGAGGAUUUAUACACUGUCUUUUGGAAAUAAGACAUUUACAGUUGCUGAAUGGGCAAAUGGUUUAGUUCUUGGAUCCAA